AUUUCAAGACUCUUGAACAAGUUAAUAAUAAUAAAUAUUUUUCUCCACCUAAAAAGAUGGUUUCACAGAAAGUUCAUCAUCUUAUGUGAAUGACCCAACAACCUGAUAUUACAGGGCCAGAAUACCAUGACCCCUUGGAUAGAGGCGUUUAUUUCCAAGCAGAAUGUCAGCUUCCAACAUCAGUGAUGACAGUCUCCCAGGCACACUCAUCCUGACGGGCAUCCCAGGGCUGGAGUGGGCCCAUGUCUGGAUUGCCAUCCCCUUCUGCGCCAUGUAUCUGGUAGCGCUGGCUGGGAAUGCUGCCCUCAUCCUGGUCAUUGUGACAGACAGUGCUCUUCAUGCACCCAUGUACAUCUUCCUGUGCCUUCUUUCGCUCACCGACCUGGCUCUCAGCUCCACCACGGUGCCUAAGAUGCUGUCCACUUUAUGGCUGCAUGCUGGAGAGAUUUCCUUUGGUGGAUGCCUGGCCCAGAUGUUUUGUGUCCAUUCUAUCUAUGCUCUGGAGUCCUCAGUUCUUCUAGCCAUGGCCUUUGAUCGCUAUGUGGCAAUCUGCAACCCACUGAGAUACACAACCAUUCUCAACCAUACCAUCAUAGGCAUGAUUAGCCUUGUUGGGCUAUUCCGUAGUGUGGCCAUUGUGACCCCAUUCAUCUUCUUGUUGAGGCGACUGCCUUACUGUGGUCACCAUGUCAUGGCCCACACAUACUGUGAGCACAUGGGCAUCGCUCGCCUGGCCUGUGCCAACAUCACUGUCAAUAUUGUCUAUGGGCUGACUGUGGCCCUGCUGGCCAUGGGUCUGGAUGCCAUCCUCAUUGCCAUUUCCUACGGCUUUAUCCUCCAUGCUGUCUUCCGCCUUCCAUCUCAAGAUGCCAGGCACAAGGCUCUGAGUACCUGUGGCUCCCACCUGGGGGUCAUCCUGGUCUUCUACAUUCCUGCCUUCUUCUCCUUCCUCACCCACCGUUUUGGCCAGCACCGAGUCCCCAAGAAUGUGCACAUUUUUCUGGCCAACCUGUACGUGCUGGUGCCUCCUGUGCUCAACCCAAUCAUCUAUGGGGCUAGGACCAAGGAGAUUCGGAGCCGACUUCUGAGGCUGCUUCACUUGGGGAAAAUUUCAACAUGAAAUUUGAGUACAGGCUAGGGAUAAGGAAAGUAAAUGGGUUCUGAGCUUUCUAGGUAUAUUUACAUGGAUGGAGGCCUCUAAUGUGACAUAAGCGUGUUUUUAGGAGAGGAAGUAGUGGAAGCAAAGGGAAGGUCAGAUGAAUUGGAAAUACCAAAAAUCACAUUGAACACACCACAUUCUUGAGGCUCUUUGGGCAACGCUGAAUAACUCAGAGAGAUGAUAAUAUUUUUACUCUUGGGGAAAUUUUACAAUUAGGAAUAAGCACACCUUGGAGAUAUCUCAGUAGCUACGAUAGUGCCCGUGCAGAAUGCUCCUGAUUUUUUUUCUUUUCCUGCAAAUAUUUCCAUGACUUACUAAAGAUCAAGUUAAUUCCUUUUCUUAAAUGAGUCUGUGUUUCAUAGUGGAAAUAUUCUUCUGUGAGUCCAAGUUUAAAAAAAUGAUCAUUUUUGGUAAAUUCGUCUGAUUUCAAUGUUUUGGAUAGUGAUGAAGAGCAAAAAGUCUAAGGUCAGAGUUUCUGGGUGUGAAUCCUGGUUCCUCUGCUUACUGUUUUUGUGGUCUUGAGCCUGAUGCUAAAUCUCUCUAUGCCUUGGUUUGUCCAACUGUCAAAUGAGUAAAUGUUAAUAUCUAACUGUUAAUGCUGUGGUGAGGAAUAAGUAAGUUAAUGAAUGCAGAAAACUUAAGACAGUGCCUGACAUGUAAAAUGGUCAACCAAUAAAUAUGAGAACGUUAUGUACACUCUGAACUUUAUUAGUCAACUUAUAACUUAUUUAGGAUGGUUUUAUAUUAUAUCAUUUUAUAGGAUUAUUAUGAUACCUAUAUCAAAUAACAACUCUAAAAUAU